AUGGGUGUCUUGAGCUGCAUGAAAUACCUGAUGUUCAUCUUCAACAUGCUGGUGUUUGCUGGGGGAACAUGCCUGGCAGGCAUGGGAGUCUGGGUGGCCGUGGACCCGGCUGGUUUCCAAGACAUCGUGGCCACCAGGGCUGUGCUGAGUGCAGGCGCGUGGCUGCUGCUGGUCGUGGGCAUCGCCCUGUCCCUGCUGGGCUUCCUGGGCUGCUGUGGGGCCCUGCGCCGGAGCCGCCUGCUCCUGCUGUUGUUCUUCAUCCUCGUCAGCCUCGUCUUCCUCAUGCAGCUCAUUGGGGCCGUUCUCUUCCUGGUGCACUGGAAACAGAUCUUUGCCAUGUUCUUCGCCUUCUGCCUUUACUACAACUUCGACUGA